UCCGGGGGCGGGGCUACGCCGGUCCCGCCCCUCAAGAAAGAGGGGUGGAGGAUCGGUGUCUUCUGCCUCCGCCGCGUUUCGCGCUGUCAGGCAGUCCGGCGUGCCCGCUCUGCUAUCCAGCCAUCGCUGUCGCCGCCAUGUACCUCUGCAGGGCCACCUCGCAGGCACUGGCCUCCCGCCUAAGCAGGGCUCCCCCUGCUGCCAGCCGCCUCAAGCAGCGUGCACCUCCUCGCCAGAUGUCAUCUGGGAGUGUUCCUGGCUCUUCUGGAGAGAACAUGAUUUACUACCUCCUUGCUGGUGUUGCUGCUUUUGGUGGUUUAUUUUAUGCCUACAGAGUAGUCAGCUCGUCCCGCAGCAACUACAUUGAACAUAUGAAUAUUCUUCAUGAGAGGGCUGAGGGGCGGAAAACCAAACCUUGGUCGAGCAGGGGUGACAAAGAAGAGACAAGUGGAGUCACUGAAGGAGAGACAGCCAUGGAAGAGGCUGCUGCAGUAGCUGCUGCUGGACCUGCAGUACAGGAUGAAAGUUCUGGGGUACUCUCAGAAACUGGAGAGGAGAAGGAUUUGCUGGCUCCCGAGGCACCCCCUGCUGUGGAGGAAGCACAGCAGGAAGCUGCUGCUAAUUUGGAAGUCGUCGCUAAUUCAGAAGCUGCUGCAGUGCAAGAAACUGUGGCUGAAGUCUUGGAUGUUGCAGCUUCUUCUGCUCAUGAGGAAAACUUAGACAAGGAAAGAGCAGCUAUCAAGAUUUCUGACACAUCCUCAAGGAACAAGGAGGUCGAUGCUGAGGAGUUGAGGCAGGCUUCAGAAGGUGCAAGAGUGCAGCUGGGUCUGGGAUGCUUUGUCUCUGGAAAGCACUGAUGGCUGCUUGCACUGAACUAGCUGCAAGAACAGGCAGGACUCAAGGGAUGCAGUGUGGCUGCUAGCAAUAACUCUGCUUGGCACCUGAGCAGGAAAUGACAAACUGAAAUUCUGUGCCAUGAAGUGGGAAGAAGUCUUGCUAAGCUGGAUGCUGGGAGUGUGUUUUUCUCUAGCUCUGCUACAUGGCUAAAUGUAAAGUUCAUUAAAAACAAUGCAUUCUCCUUUGUGCUGCGUGAGAUGCAACACACUCUUCUUUUUUGUUGUUGUUUUUUUCUUUUAAUAUCUGAAUUAAUUUGAAAGAUUUUCUUAAAUUGCAUUGCUGUAAGGAAAAAUAUAGAGCAUGUGAUAUUUAUAAGCCUCACAGUGUUUCCCUGCAGCUACAAAUUGUCUUUUAUUGCUGUUGAGGUUGAACAAUAUAAAUGAAUGCAAAGAAAAAUGUGUCUUAAAAUCA